UUCUGUUUCUGUGGCGUGUUGUUAUCUUCUUCUCUGCAGUGUGUGAAGGUGUGAUGAACUUCACACACACCCCGCACGAGACACAAAUACUACGGACUUCGCUCUCAACUAUUUCUCUUCAUAAUUCGGCGCUAAUCAAUCUCAGUUUCUCUAUUUCAUGUAUUUCCCCAACUCUAAUUCAAGGGUUUUGAUCUCCUUACUUUUCCCCCUUCUUCUGUUUCGACUUUCUUCGGUAAAAAGCCAUUCCCUGUCGGUUUUCUCGCAUAAUUUAAGAUAGAUUCUCUUGUCGGAUUUGUUGCAGAGUAUCGGCAAUUAUCCGAUUUCUGUUGAAGUAAAGUCGGAGUUAUUGGUGAAACUUCACAAUGGCAGAUCUCAAGGAGAGGCUGCUACCACCAAAACCUGCUUCGGCUCUUAAUGUAAGAGAGGUUGCCAAUCGACCAUCUGCCUCUGGAAGGCAUGCUUUCCAAGGGGUGGAUGUUCUGGGGUUAAAGAAGCGAGGCCAAGGUCUCCGAUCAUGGAUUCGUGUUGACACAUCUGGAAACUCUCAAGCCAUUGAAGUAGACAAGUUUACCAUGAUGCGACGUUGUGAUCUACCUGCUCGUGAUCUUCGCCUACUUGAUCCCUUGUUUGUCUACCCAUCAACAAUCCUUGGCAGGGAAAAAGCUAUUGUUGUAAAUCUGGAGCAGAUACGGUGUAUCAUUACAGCAGAUGAAGUUCUUCUCUUGAAUUCCCUUGAUAGUUAUGUAUUGCACUAUGUAAUGGAGCUACAACGACGGUUGACAGCAACUGGGGUAGGGGAGGUUUGGCCAUCAGAGGGUUCUGACAUGAACCGAAGGAGGGGAAGUAGGAAUUUUGAUAAUGUAUUUAGCAACUCUUCCCCCGAUUAUUUACCUUUCGAGUUCAGGGCCCUUGAAGUAGCCCUGGAGGCGGCAUGCACAUUUCUUGAUUCUCAGGCAGCAGAGUUAGAAAUUGAAGCUUAUCCCUUGUUGGAUGAACUGACAUCAAAGAUCAGUACUUUAAAUUUGGAACGUGUUCGUCGAUUAAAAAGCAGACUUGUUGCGUUGACCAGGAGGGUUCAGAAGGUUAGAGAUGAAAUAGAGCAGCUUAUGGACGAUGAUGGUGACAUGGCUGAAAUGUAUCUUACUGAGAAGAAAAGACGAAUGGAGUUGUCAUUUUACGGAGAUCAGUCUAUGGUUGGAUAUAAAUCAGUUGAUGGUGCAUCCAUUUCUGCCCCGGUUUCUCCUGUGUCAUCACCUCCUGAUUCUCGAAAGCUAGAAAAGAGCUUCAGUAUUGCUAGAAGUCGACAUGAGAGCAUGCGAAGUUCUGAAAGUACUACGGAAAGUAUAGAGGAACUUGAGAUGUUGCUGGAAGCAUACUUUGUUGUCAUUGACAGCACUCUAAACAAGUUGACAUCGUUGAAAGAAUACAUUGAUGACACAGAAGAUUUCAUAAACAUCCAACUGGUUUGUUUUCUUUUCCCGGGGUUUAUGCCAAUUUUAUUUAUCCUAUUUUGGUAGUGUUUCUAUGUCUGAUCAUACAUGCAAGUGCAAAUUACGGAACAUGUUUACUAAAACAACUCACAAUGGGGAGAGGUCGGAGUAUUUUGAAUUUUGUUGCUCUAAGAUUGUAGGCGUAUGGGACAAUGGCUUCUUAUUGCCUCGGUGAAAGUUGUGUAUCUUACAUUUCAUGGGAAGAGAAAUUAGUUUCUUCAAUAACCACCAAUCCCCAUUUCAUUCUUUCACAUUUUUUCCAUUUUUAGUUUUUCACCUUUUAAGUUAAAUAAAUCUAUUCUAUUUUCUGAAAUUACAAAAUGCCAAUGAAACAUGUUCAUGGGAAUCAUGUUUUAGGCAUGAUAUUCUUGGGGAAUGUGAUUAUUCUGGGAAUAUAAAUAUGUAACUUGAAUCAAACUCUCCCUUAGUAUUUCUGAUUUUCAUGCUGUAGGGAUCUAGAAGAACAAAAACGAUUAGACACUUUGUUUUGAUGAAUUUCUCCAUAAACACUUACAGGAAAAGAAAAUAAAAAAGAAAAGUAAACUAAAUUUAUCCAUAAAUUAAAAUUA